AGUAUAAGUACACACUGCUUUGGUAAACCUAUUUGUUCCAUCCCCGGCUCUUCUCAUCAGGAUGAAGCUGGUUGGUCACAGGCACCAGCCCAAAGCUCAAAAUGUUCUGGACCAGCAAACGAGAAAGCAGAGGGUCCACUCUGCCCAGAGAGACAUCUCCCCAGUGCCCUCUUCCUACUCUGAACCCGUCUCCUUGAGGCAGCGGAAGGGCGUGACUGGUGAGUUGCUAUGGCUACGUGGGUGUGGCAUCUGGGAGGAUGAGGAUGAGACGCAGAGUGUGAAGAGCCUGCAGUGCGGGAGAAGGGUCAGGCGGCCACGGGCUUUUGCCAAAACCACGGAUCUUAAACUACCGCCGGUCUCCAUUGAUGGCAGUAAAAUCCGGUGCAGUCUGAUGGUGCAGGGAUCCAGCUAUCCCCGUGGGUGUGCAUUCCCUCCCAUAUGCCAGCCCAGGACUGCUCGGGCCUGGGGCCUGGAGAGACCGCCGUCUCGGGCUGGGAAGAGAGGGAUGGAGAGGCUCUGUGAGGUGGAGGACUGUAGCAAAGAUGCUGACCCAAGUCACAUGACUACAGAGAACUUCCACAUCCAUCCACCUACCUCCACCUGUGUCCCGGCUAAAGACCAGGGCAGGAUGGAGGACGGCACCCCAGCGAUGGGUGAAGUAUUCUUUGGGCUGGGGAUCUCCAUCCCCAGAGGCCCUGGUGGAGGGAGAGACCUUCUCCUCCGGAAGCCCCAAGGCUGGAAGCAGCUCUGGCAAGUAAUGGUGCCGCAGAAGGAAGGUAUGCGCUUGCCCCCCAGGCCACAGCAGCAUGGCGGAGGGGAGCCACAGGACAGCAGCUGGACCCCAAACUCUGGGCACGGGCCCUACAUUUGGAGACCACCCUGUCGCUGUAACAGCCCUGCUCCCCCUCACCUCCUUCAGCUACCUGGCUUGUCGUUCCCUUCGAUGCCAGCUCGUUGCUUGGCAACCCGCACCGUGGAGCUGGCCAGCUCCAAUGGGGGGUUGGUGCCCAAAAUCACCAUGACCUGCCCCACCCCUAAAAUUCUCCCCUAAGCUCCACCACUAAAGUACUUCCUUAAACCUCUCUGGAAUUAUUCUUUAUCUCUUUGCAGGCCUGCACCUCCAAAUCCCAGCCCAUUACAAUAUUUAUUAAGCCUUAAACAUUUCUAAAUCCCAACUGCUAAACCUCACUCAUAAAUCCCCUGACUGAGAUCUACCCAGAACUAAAGUUUUCACUAUGGCUCAGUGAUUAAUGUUUCAGAUCAGACCCGUUAUAUUUUCAUAGACAACUGCAUACUUUUGCAGCACUCUGGACAUUUCGUUAAAUGAUCUUAAUCAAGCUAUGAAAAAUGCCUGACUUUUAUACACAAUGUAAUAUUAACUGACGUGUGAGAAUGUUCAUUGUCACAAAAAUUGACACUUUGCAGCGUUUACAUUUUGGCGAUGACAGAGGUCCAUUAACCUGCCUAAUGAAUUCUUUUUUUUUUUGCAUA